AUGUCCAGGAAGAUGGCUCUGUGGAUCUCCAGAGGCUUCUGGACAGCAGCGGUGAUGAUGAUCACGGUGGUACUGAGCAUCCCAGCCACUGAGGGCAAAGACUCCCCCCAGGAUUUCGUGCUCCAGAUUAAGGUCGAGUGCUAUUUCACCAACGGGACGGAGCGGGUGCGGCUCCUGAGCAGACAGGUCUAUAACCGGGAGGAGUUCGCGCGCUUCGACAGCGACGUGGGGGAGUUCCUGGCGGUGACAGAGCUGGGGCGGCCCUUCGUCGAGACCUGGAACCGGCAGAAAGACGUCCUGGAGUCGACGCGGGCCGAGGUGGACACGGUGUGCCGACACAACUACCGGACCGAGGAGAGAACCACCUUGCAGCUGCGAGUGGAACCUACAGUGACUAUUUUCCCAUCCAGGACAGUGGUUCUGAACCACCACAAUCUGCUGGUCUGCUCAGUGACAGAUUUCUAUCCAGGCCAGAUCAAAGUUCGGUGGUUUCGGAAUGACCAGGCAUUGACGGCUGGCAUCGUGUCCACUCCACUUAUUAGGAAUGGGGACUGGACCUUCCAGAUCCUUGUGAUGCUGGAAAUGACUCUCCAGCGAGGGGAUGUCUACACCUGCCAUGUGGAGCACCCCAGCCUCCAAAGCCCCAUCACCGUGGAGUGGCGGGUGCAGUCUGAGUCUACCCAGAACAGGAUGCUGAGUGGCAUUGGAGGCUUCGUGCUGGGGCUGAUUUUCCUCGGGUUGGGCCUUAUAAUCCGGCACAGGAGCCAGAAAGGACGCAAUGGGCCUCCACCAGGCUCCUGCGCUGACUGACGCCUGAGGAUACCUGGGAGUCUGUCUGCCUGCCUGUCUUUGCCCAGAAUUCCCAGCUGCCUGGAAGCCUGGCCCCCACACAGAUCAGUUCUACAGUGAUUCUGACACAGGCUCCAGGUCACCUCCUGUGACCCCUGCCCGAGGAUCUGGUUAUGAGACCGCUUCCUGCAAUGGCCUCGGAGCCUCUGCCCAUGUGCUCCCUACCAGCAGCAUCUACUCAGGCCCCAAGGAUUUUCUCACCCGUUUUGCAAGAGAAGCACAUUGAAGCCCAUUUACCUGUAUACAGAGAUUUUAUCAUAAGUAAACAUGAUUGUGAGUUA